GUCCCCUCCCUCUCCCUUCCCUGUGAUUCCCCUGCUCCUCCCCGAUGAGCGCUCUAUUUCCUGGUAUUGCUGUUUCUAGUCAUGGCAUCUUACCGGGAGUUGAUCGAGGACUGGGACCGGGCCGUUCGGGCCAUCGAGCAGCGGGACUGGACGGCUGCACAUGAUCUGCUCAGCCGUAUCCCCGAGCCCGGAUCCAAAAUCUGCUUCAACCUGGGCUGUGUCCGCCUGAGGCUCGGAGACCUACCGGGGGCACUCGAGGCUUUUGACAAGACUAUUGCAAAAGAUGACCGUUUGGCGAUAUGUUUCUUCCAGAGAGGUGCAGUUCAUCUCCGAUUAGAGAUGUUUGAUGAGGCCCUGGGAGAUUUUAAACAUGCUCAAAAUAAUUUACGUGGUAAUUCAGUGAUUGACUACACACAGUUGGGACUGAAACACAGACUGUAUGCUUGGGAGGUUCUGUACAACUUGGCUGCAGUGUACAGCAGACUGGGCCAGUGGCUGGAAGCUCAGCAAACCCUGGAAGAUGCUUUGCAAUUGGGGACCAAAGGCACAGUCACUAAACUUGACAGAGCAUUGAACAUGGUAAAAAAUAGUAAUACCCUUGAACCAGUUGAUGUGCCUGAAGGGAUUGUGUUCAGACCUCGCAAGCAUGAAGUGGAAGAGCUGAACUUGAAAGAUUUCCUGGGAACACCAAAGGUGAUCUCAUCCAUUGAUCCAAAUGACAGCUUCGCAGGAUUCAAGCCGCUUGGUCCAUCGAAACCGGGGGAGCAAGUUGUCCGAGGAACAAGAGGGUAUCACCAGGUGCUGUUCGACUUUGCUCCAAAAACAGCAAGUGAGGUUGAGGCAAAAGCUGGGAAUGUUGCCUUUGUCUUGGAGAACGGAGAAGAUGGAUGGUCGACUGUUAUUGUAGACAAUGAGAAAGGGUUAAUUCCAACAGCAUACUUGGAGGUUUGGGCUAGAAACAGAGGAAACAAGCUGAAGCAAGGGUCUGGAAAUGUUGGUCAGACCCCUCCUCAAAUCCCAGCCAGCAGACCGAUGGAAACUGAAGGAGAAAUUCAUUCAGAGACUCUCUCAACUGUAGCAGGAUCUUGGAAGGACUCCUCACUUGCUGAUUCCGUGAUAAUAAAGGUUCACUACGAAUACACUCUGGCUACAAGGGUGAAGACUGGAAUAUCCUACAGUGAAUUUGUGAACAUCUUCAAAUCCAAACUGGGCCGGCAGUCAGGACAGAUACAAUUAAGUUACAAAGCGAAGGAGAAACAGGAAUUGGUGGAGAUCAGAGGAGAUGAAGAUUUAGCCAAAGUGUGGAAUCAGAUUGUUGACGGACGCCUCACUCUCUGGUGCAAGCGCAAGGACCCUUUGUGUGGGCGUAAAGUGCUCUACCAAACUCAGGCCCUCUAUGAUUAUAACGGACAUGGUGCAGAAGAUGUGGAGUUCAACGAGGGUGAUAUCGUCGAUGUUCUGUCUGAGGUGAAUGAGGAGUGGCUGGAAGGACAUUCCAAUGGGAUCAUUGGCAUCUUUCCCCGGUGUUUUGUCAGACCGAGAGCUUCAGCCGUGGCUGAAACCAGAAAGAUUGACCACUGUGAAGAUUCUGUUCAUGUGCAGGCUGGGGAAUAGAGAAGAAGUAGUGAAGUCAGAAUCUCUCAAGUAGUGAUUCAGCAUUUCCAAGGGUGUCCCUAAAGCGUGGGUGGGAUCCGGGCUCGAUCUAAGGACUUGGUGGGAGAAAUUAUCUUUAGAGGGUGCCUGGAAGAUGAGUCUUGUCUGUCUCUGGUAUUAAAGAGGAUUUCUAUUUGUCUCUA